AUGAGUGAGGAACAUGUAGUUGAAAUCAUAAAAAAUAAACUGCACAAUGGCAAGAAAAUAACUAAAAUUCUGUUAUCACCAAAUAAUGAAUAUGCUGUGACAUGGAGCGAGGAAGACCAAUCUAUCAGUGGAUGGCAAAUUAUUAAUGAUCUCUUUUUCGAACCUGACUGUUCAGUAACCAUCCAAGAACUUUAUGAGGAUUUUCCUAGUCCACAAUUAGAAGCUAUCUCGAACAAUAAACUUGUUGUGAUACAGUCAACUGAGCACAAAGUUUCUGAAAUUUUUAAUCUUGUCACAAAGAAGAAAAUCAAUUUAAAAUCGUAUACAGAUAUGCCAUUUUCGGAUGAUUAUUUGCCUUUUUAUGUUUUUAAUAAGUAUGAUCAUUUAGCAAUACACAUGCCAAUAACAAGAUUUAAUAAACUUCAUGCCACAAUCUUUAUCUUUUCUUCCAAAGACUUACACGAUCAUUGUUGGAUAAGUAAGAAUUCAAUUGAUUGCGGAAUAAUGGGAGACAUUAGAGCAUGUGAUCCGACCGAUAAUGGGAAACUAUUUAUUCUAGAUGUUUGUGGUUUAUUGACACAAUGGGAUUUAGAUACUUUACAAUAUGAAAAGCAAUAUCAGUUAGAAUGGGAUAGGAUUUGGAUUGCUUAUGAACUGAAGAAGGACCUUUACAUUUUUAAUAACAGUUUCACAUUGCUUGCUGUAUGUUUGCAAGCUUUGGAUCAUUUAUUUAUCUCUGUUUACUUAACAGAAAACGCAAUCCUUUUAUCGCAGUAUAAAUAUGAGAAGCAUGAAAUUUUGUCUCAUUCGGAAUUCAUUUCAUCUAAUGAAGGGGAAAGGCUUCUUUUGUUUUUCGAGGAUUUCACUGAAAUAAGGGACCCUUACUGUCUUAACCACGUUAAAACAGUUUCAAAUCUAUGUGAAGAAUUUUCAGCUGAAUUAAAUGGUAAAAUCAAUGCACAAAAAGCAGAUUUAUACAUGAUUAAGAAUGAAAGGAUAUAUAGUAUAUUGGAAGGAUGCCUAUUAGUUCAAAAAUUUUCUAAACAACAAUGGAUCAAAUUUUUACGAAAAAAAUUAGGUGAUUACAAUGAAAUAGGAUCUCUACUUAGUAAAUCACAAAUUGUGGAAUUUUUGCAAGUCAUUUUGGAUGAAAAUAUUAAUACAGAAGAUGAUAAAUUUAUAAUUAAAAAGGUGGAGGAAUCAUAUGAGGGAUUUUUAGUAAAAUGGAAAUUAGAACAAAAUGGCAGGACACUACGAGCUUUUAUAAAACUUGAUUCAACUACAGAAGAAUGGAAUCAGGUGGGUGAAAAAAGAGAGAUUCAGCCAGAACAUCUACAAAAAUAUAGAUUUGUUUAUAGAUGCGAAUUAUUGGGUAACGAAGAUUUGGUGAUGAUUACAGUUAUUGGCCUUUUAAUUUGGACGGUUUGGCCAAAAAAAGAAAUCAAAUUGCGAUAUUAUAAGGGGUUUCCUUUUACAUCAUCUUAUUUAAAUAAGAAAGACUUUAAUGAUCGAUAUAUAUCAGGUUCCUAUGUAAACAAGAAAUCUGAAUAUAAAAAAUUAGAAUUUUUUGCAAAAAAACCACACAUAAGAAAGCUUCUUGAAGAAAUAUGUGAUCAUAGAGAAAAUCUAUUAUCACCACCAGAUUUUGAUGCAAUGAUGCCAUAUUAUGAAGAACUCUGUAUGAAUAAAAGAUACCCUUUUAAAGAAUUGAUAGAAGAUUAUAUUGAAAAUAAGAUAACACUGAUAUUAUAUGGGCAACAACUUUUAAGGAGCUUUUUGAAUAAUAAAAACUAUUUAAUGGCGGAGAAAUUGUAUAGGCAAUGCAUUAAAAUAAAUAUAGAAGAUGAAAAGAAUUUUUUGACAAACAUCAAAUUAUUAGAAAUUAUUACCUUUUCAUUUGUGGAGUUGUCUCAAAAAUUUCCUGACAUUUUAAAGGAAUUUUUAUCACAUACAUCAUUUAUUAUUUCAAGUGAAAAUAAAUAUCUUGCGAUCAGAAGUUUUUCUUCAGCAUCACAUCUUCAAAAUCAUAGAAAAUAUUCCCAACCAUUUAAAACAUCCUUCAUCAAUAAUUUAUUUAAUUUCUGUCAAGAAAUCAAACUAUUAUCUCUCAAUUUUUUGGAGUGCAGAAUUUUCAAAAGAUUGGAUGAACAUCCAUCUGUCAUUAUGAUCUUUCCUUUACCAAAAUUUAAUUCAUACCCUAGUACUUACAGCUCUUGGAAAGAAUUAAUUUUACCUAACUUUAGUCCUUUUACGAAAUAUGAAUCUUCGGAACUCUAUAAACAGUGGAAUGAUUUAGGAGCAAUAUUAUUUCCUAUAACAACAUCUAUUAUUUGGUUGCAAUAUUCUACAAUGCCUGUCUGUGCUGUUUCAAUUUCUAUAUUAUUGCUUGAACUUAAAUUCUUGUUGUUCUUCCGUACUCUUGAAGUUACUGGCGCAUACUUUGCAAUGAUAAUUGGAGUUGCAAAAAGCGCAUUUUCUUUUCUAAUAUUAUUAGGUUUUAUCGUGUUUGCAUUUGCACACUCUUUACAUGUCCUGUUAAGACCAACAACUGAAAUUUCUUUAAAAUACCCUAGUUAUUCUAAUGAUCCAAAUGAUCCAUGGAAUCUAGUAUCUGCUUAUAAUUCUAUUUCAGAAAAUGGCAGCAUGUCAGAAAAUGCUAUACUUGUUGAACCUCCAACAGCAACUACAAAUAUGUUUACAAUGCUGAAAACUGCGAUUUUAGCUGUGACUCAACCUAUUUGUCUAAUUGGUAAUUCAAUUGCUGAAACAAAUAAAAAAGAAUUAUUUUUACUUCAAAAGGCAAAGAUCUUAGCAGAAAUAGAGUUAUUUUACAUGUUACCAUAUCAACGACGAAAAAACAAUUGGUUUCCUGAACUUAUAGUUCGUCUUGAUAAGCUUCGUGAUAUAAUUAAAAGUAUACAGAAUAAUAAAUGGAAUACCACAGAUGAAUCGCCAUUCCUUUCUAAUACUCUUUAA